CCCUGUAGACUGUGCCGUGCCUGAACAGUCGUCAUUCCUAGAUAUCUACAUAUAAGUUGGCCAUGUCAAUCAUAACAGUCGAAAGGCUGUCAUGUACCCGGAGAAAUAUUGGGCAUGACGAAACACCAUGGCCUUCGCAAAAUCUCAGUGUGACUCGCAUUUUCCCGAAAGGGCAACGUUCUACACACGGCUUACUUGGGUUCAGAUAAGUCGCGUGAAGCUUUAAAUGCCGGUUCAUGAAAUAUCUGCCCGCGCCGUAUGCAACGUCUGUCGCAGAUGCUGGAGACUUCUGCACUAUGUAUCGUGAAUGGAGACAGCGCUAUCGCACAUUUCCCAACGUACGCAAGAGUUCGCCUUGCUAUGUGAACCGAUGAAUGCUUUCUUACAUGUAAAGGCAGUGCUACUGCAACGUCAUUUGAGGUUGAACGACGUGUUCUUAACCUCUAACAUUGAAAGGUUAUCGGCCGCCUUUUGAGCGCGCGAUUCAAGAGUUCUUUUUUUUUUUUUUUGCCUUGGCACUAUGUUUUAUAGUGCGAUAGCCUUUACGGGGCUUCAAUUUACAGCCACGCAAACUCCUAGCGGGUUAUAAAGUUAUGGCUGUUGCUUCAAGAAAAAGAAAGCUCGCGGAAAGGUCAGCCCCGAUUUGGUCGCCUUAUGAAAUAAUCACCGCAACUUGUGGGCCGCUCAGCGGGCAACCAUAUUAGUCUCACGCAAGCCCUCGUUGCACAUUGUUCGCUGUCCCCACACGAAAGAGCCGCUGUAGAACACAAAUGGGCUGACUGCCUGUGGUGAUUAUCUAGGACAUGUGCGCAGUUGCCCACCCAGCAUGCCAUCUUCUUGUAAAGUCUUCGAGUCCGCGAUUUCCAUGGUGGCUCAAAAGGUGUUGGUCGCUGCUUGCGUGCAGGCAUCUUCAACAGUAUGACGAUCAUCGGGCCUUCUGUCGGCUUCAUUGUGGGUGGCUACACGCUCACCUACUACGUCGAUAUAUCUACUGACGUCUCCAGCAUGGGCCUGAGCUCCAAGAGCCCUGCGUGGGUCGGCGCGUGGUGGCUCGGUUCCUUGUUGACCGCAGUCAUGGGCUUGACCCUCGGCGUGAUCACCUGCUCUUUCCCGAAGUACCUCCCCGGCUACGACGCGGCGUGCGCGGAGAAGAAGGGCGACCAGACGGCCGUCUCGGUGAUCAGCAUGAUGCCGACCAACGAAUUCGGCCAGCGCAUCACCGACCUGCCCAAGGCCAUUCGCCGGCUCCUAACCAACGUGCCCUUCAUGAUGCUGUGCAUCUCGUUUUCUUUCAGCCAGAUGUACACCACGGGCCUCACCUCGAUGAUGACCAAGUUCUUCGAGUCCCAGUUAGGGUUGCCGUCUGCCAGGGUUGCCUACAUGGUCGGGCCCAUCGUGCUCGUCGGUGGCGGCUUCGGUGCAGUCAUCGGCGGUGCGCUGGUCAGCCGCUGGAACCUGGACUACGGGGGCAUCAUGCGGCUCUGCAUGUACAACUGCUGCUUGUCGUGGUUGGGAGUGCUCAUCUUCACGUUCAACUGCCCGCAGAACAUUUACGCCACGCCGGAUGGAUACAUCGGCGAAGUGGGGACCUCGAAGUUCAACUUCCAGUGCAACGCCGACUGCAACUGCACGUCCGGCUUGCUGAACCCGAUCUGCGGCGCUGACCACGUGGUCUACCUGUCUCCUUGCCUGGCGGGCUGCCACAGGGAGCUCCAAGUGAAGAAUCUCAAGAUGUACAGCGGCUGCACGUGCAUCAACAGCACGCUCAGCGAAGUGCCGGGCGUCAGCGCCGACCAGCUUCUCCUGGAGGCCGUGCAGGCAACCCGUUCGCGCUGCCCGACUGCGUGCGGUCUGCUCUUCCCGUUCCUGGCAGGCGUCUUCCUCGCGCUCAGCGCAUCCUUCCUGAAUGCGGCUCCGUCAACCGCGGCGUCCAUCAGGUGUGUGAAGCCCGCCCAGCGGUCGCUGGCGCUCGGCGUAAGGCAGAUCAUCGGACGCCUCGUGGGGUCCAUCCCGGCACCAGUGAUCUUCGGCGGCAUCGUGGACCAGACGUGCGUGUCGUGGCACCGGUCGUGCGGCAGGAGUGGCGCCUGCGUCGUCUACGAGAACGAAGGCAUGUCGCGUGGCCUGUUCUACGCGCUGGCCGUCACUCUCUCCCUUAACAUGCUCUCCUACUACGGGUCCCUCCUGGCACACCGACGCCACGCCCGCCAGCGCGCCAGCGCCAAGAAAAGCCGCCGUAUGUUGUCCAAGGACUAAGCGCGGCGCCUGGUCGGUAUAGCUGCGAGGUCGCCCCUGUGCACCAGGUCCCAUGCUCUGGUCCACAGAAUGUUGUUGCCAACGCAACCGUUGCUAGGCAGCAGGCUGCUGCGAGACCACGUGACAGUCGGUGCCUUCGGGAUUGUAGGACUCGAGCUCUCCCCCUUUCGCAGAGCCGCAGCGAUGAAAUUUACUAUUGCAAUAAAUA